UUUAACCAUGAUUCCUUCGAAAGCAAUCGCCACGUGGCUAACUAACAGAAUUGGUCGAAGAAAGGCAACAAACAUUUGCUUCACCGUUGUUGGAAUUGCAGGUCUUACAGGUGGCGCUUUGCAAACAUUAGAUGUAAAAUACAAGGACCAACUUACCACAGUGCUAGCUAUCGUGGCAAACUCAAGUAUUUCGGCAGCAUGGGGAACAGUGCAGACAAUGACAGUAGAACUUUAUCCAACUGUCAUAAGGAGCAUUGGAUUUGGAAUGCUAAGUUUCAUCGGAGGAAUCGGUUCUGUGAUCGGGCCACAGUUUGUAUAUCUUGAUACACAUGUGCCAGGACUACUGCUGUAUCUUUGUGGUGGACUUUCUGUUCUGUGUGCGAUAGGUACUUCACUGCUCCCAGAAACUAAAGAUAAAUACCUUCUGGAUAAAAUACACGUUGAUGCACCAGUAACUACUGUCUCAAAUGAUAUUUCAGAGCUACCAGAAGUUAUAGAAUUAGAGAUAGCCGGUGUGAAUGGCAACAUCUAAACAGAUUGAUUUUGUAAGCAACAAUAACAGUAGUAUUAUAAUGUUAUACAUUAUACAUUUCAUCUUUACAAUAAAAAUGGGCAACUUUAAAAGGCAAAAAAAAAUAAGUUUCAUCAGUCCUAUAUUAUUGUUACAUAUCCUUGCGUGUAUCAGUGCUAUACACUGGGCACGUUAAAGAACCUGGCUGUCUAUUCGCAACGAGCUAGGCUAAGUUAGCCGGACAAGCCUGUAUCUGAUUUCUGAUCUCUCUGUCGUGGGGGCUUUGUCUCACUCUGUCCCUCUGGUCAGAUCGCUCUGUGUCUGUACUAUUAGAGGAUGAAUUAUGCGCCCUGUGUGGCUGCAUUUGAACUAUGUAAAGCGCCUUUGAACGUGAAAUUGAUCAUGAAAAGGGCGCUAUAUAAAUCUGGUAUAAUAAUAAUAAUAAUAAUAAUAAUAAUAAUAAUUCCUUUGAACUUUGACGAGCUGUCGGAAGAUUGUAACAUAAUCACUUAAACUUCCUUCCAGUUGUUGGAAGAGUUUCGAAAACAUUUCAGCUAUUUUAUCUUUGUGAAGUAUCAAUGCAGUGGCUCUUACAUCAUUUUAAAAAUACAUGACUCAGAGCCGUCCACUUGCAAACAUGAUAUUAUGAACGGGACGAGGAAUAUUAGUGCAAAUAAUACGUGUUAAUCACAUCCUAAGAAAUUCAUUUUAUAAAAAUGGUUUGUAACAUA